AUGUCGAACUCACAAGACAAGAAGAUGUUGGGAAUGGACGCCAACAACGGCGACAACGGCACAGCACAAGGCAAGAGGCAUGCAAACCCCGCCUCCACCUCCGCGCGCGGCACAUCGUCCGCGCAACCCACCUUUUUCGCCGGUCUCGGUGUUGUGCCCCCCUCGCAAGUUCCGCGCGUCAUCCACCGCCGCACCACCACCGCACCCUCACCAUCCCUAGAGGCAGGUGAAUGGGGACCAAGAGAACCCCAAGGCAACGAGUCAAGAACAGCGACUCGAGGUGGCAGAGCUCCGACAGCAGGACAUCGGCGUUCCUUCACCAUGCCAGAGAUCGUGGUGACGGAGCCUUCGAAUGCUGCACCGGCGAGCGCCAUUCUCCCACCUGCGCGUGCUGGACUCCUUCGACCUCCGGGUACGACUCUCGCGCUACCGACUUGGACGCCGCCGCAAGGUCCACCGGCUCCGCGGCCAAAUAGGAACUUGUUGAUGGGAUUGGCGAAUCGGGCGAAGGAGCGGCAGGGGAGGAAGAUUGAGGACAAGGGAAAGGAACACCUUGGAAAGAAGUGA